GAAUUCUUGAUCCAUCGCUGCACAGCCUCUCCAUGAAAGCUGCGUGGUUCAAAGCCGCAUCGGUUUCACUGUCAGCCAAAAAGUUCUUUAAGAUCCAUGGUGGCUGCUCCUGGGGCGCUGUGGUAAUGGCUUGCUAGCUUGGUUCAUGUCCCAUGGCAAAAUUGGUGAUCUACUUUCUUUCCAGGCCGAACGUCUGCAACUUUGCAGCUGCGAACCAUUGUGACUAUCAUUGAGAGCCAAUUCGUGUGCAGGAGAGAUGCGGAAGCUUGGUAAAAGACAAGCUAGCCAUGGUCAAUCUAGAAGGAGACUCCUUGAGUAGUCUGACUUGAUGCUUACCCUCCAAAACAUCUUUCCAAAGCUGAGAGACACAGGUUUCGUACCUUCCUCAAAAAGCCCGCCUCUUUUGGAUCGACGCAUGCCCAAGGAUAGAUGUUCAUCCUCGCUCUUGCUUCACUUUGAAGUGCUGAGCGGGUGGGGGCAGAUCCGGCCCCACCUGGGGCACCGCGAUGGAGGGGGGAGCAGUGCGGGAGCAAGGGGGCCUUGUUCGGCCAGCAGCAGGAGCACAGCAGCAGGCAGGGCGGCUAGCGCAGGCAGGAGCUGCGCCUGCCUCACUGCCCCCCCGAGCAGGUGAAGGUGAAUGGGGCAUGGCAAACAAUCAGGCGCCACGCGACGACAGGACUGCCCACACGGUGCCUGGCAGCGUAAGACUAGCCGUUCAAGAUGGGCAUGGAGUGGGCCAGAUACAGAGGCCGCCGCACACCGUGGUGCUUGCAGCAGAGGAGCAGCCGAGCCGGCGGCAGGGGCAGGCCGGCCAGAAGCAUGCGUCCACAACGGCCCGCCCCGUGGGGAGCCCCUUGCCUGGCGCCCUGCUGCCGGCCAGUGCGCCGCCAGCGGGACACAGCGAGGCAGCUGGCCUAGGCGCCAGCAAUGGCGGCAUGCAGGCAGCCAGGAAUUCUUUCCAAGGGGGAGCAAGGCAGCAGCCAGAUAAUGCCACUUGGGAGGCCCCAGGGGGGGUGGGCGCGGCCAAGCCCGGGGCGCCGCAGCUCAGCAGCCCCGGUCGCCGUGGCGAUGCCCCCUCGGCUGCUAGUCAUCUGGCCCAGCCGGUGCGGCAUCCUGCGCCGCGGUUCCUGGGCGGCAGCAGCCAGCAGGGCAGCGCAGCGCUGCGGCAGCCGCUGCCCUUUGGGGUGCACCUCAUGGCGGGGGAGGCAGGCGGGGGCCGGCAGCACCAGCCCGCAGGCAGCCGCCAGGGGCUGCCCAGCCAAGGAGGUUUGCCAUCACGUGGCUCCGCUGCGCCUGGCAGCUCCCCUGUCACCGCCUGGCCCUCCGGCCCCGCUUGCCCCCCCUCCCAGCUCCCCUCUCCGCGCCUCAUUGUGCGCUCCAUGGACCCCAGCCACGCGCGCGCCUUGUCCCCCCCGGGCCGCCCCGCCCCUGACGGCGCCCUGCGCAAGCCGGUACGCCACCUCGAUUUUGGGGCCCAGCCGUACGGCCUCCCUGCCCCCCCCCACCAGACAGCAGCGCACAGCUGGGGGCCAGCCCUCCCCGCCGCUUCUUUCCUCCAGGGCCCCUCCCCCCACACGGCUCCCCUGCCAGCUACCUCUUCAAGCAGCCCCACCUGGCUGCUCGUUCGCCUCGAGCUUUCUCUGCGCGCCUCACCCUGCGUACGCUGCUUGCUUGCUGCCAGGCCUGUUCCCGGGGCGUCUCCGUACCGCGGCCUGCGCGCUGCGCCAGACAAGCCGGAGCCCCCGCCCAAGAAGAAGCAAUGCAACUGCAAGAACUCGCGCUGCCUCAAGCUGUACUGCGAGUGCUUUGCCAGCGGCCACUACUGCGGGCCGGAGUGCAACUGCCAGGGCUGCUGCAACAACGCCGAGAAUGAAGUCACGCGCCAGGAGGCGGUGGAGGCGACGCUGGAGCGCAACCCCAACGCCUUCCGCCCCAAGAUUGCACCCAGCCCCGACGUCAAGAAUGAACAGGAGGCAGCGGCGCCCGCUGCGUUCCUGGCGGAUCCGGCGGCCACCGAGGCGCCAGUCGCGGGGCACCACCACAAGGGCUGCCACUGCAAAAAGUCGGGCUGCCUCAAGAAGUAUUGCGAGUGCUUCCAGGCGGGCGUGCUGUGCACCGACGCGUGCAAGUGCAUCGACUGCAAGAACUUCGACGGCAGCGACGAGCGCCGCCUGCUGUUAGCGGGUUCCAUCGACCCUGCACCACAAGGGCCCCCCGGCUAUGCGGCGCCCUCGCCCCCGCCGUUCAAGAAGGCGCGCCUGCAAGACCGCGCGCUGCAGAGUCCCCCGCAAGCCAAGCCCGCCCAGGGUGGCAGCGGGGCGAAGAGCAUACCGGGCAGUAGUUACCCCGCAGGACGGGCACCGCAAAAGCCCCCCACCAGGUCGCUGCUGUCGGGCGUGGUGAAGGCGGACGCGGUGCAGGAGCUGUGCAAGCUGCUGGCCAUCGUCACGCAGGAGGUCGCCAACAACUUCGAAGCCCAGCACCCCGGCCUGCUGGCGGCCCAGCAGCACCGGCAGGAGGCCGCCUUUGCGGCGGCGGCGGCCCGCUCCGAUGAUGGGGGCCGCCCCGGGACGAGCGACGAUGGGGCGCACACGGCGGUGGAGGAGCGGCGGGCGGGCGGGGGCAGCCCCGCGGGGCAGGGGCCGGGGCCGGGCGAGGCCGAGGAGCAGUCGCCCGAGGCGCUGCUGCUGUCGUGCGACGAAGAGCUCCCAGCGGAGAAAGAGGUGCAGGUAGCGCUGCCGGGGGGGCUGUACGGAGGGGCGGACGAGGGGGGGGGCGAAGGCGCCGCAGCGCGGCUGUACGCGGCGCAGGAGCAAACGGUGCUGGAGGAGUUUGCGUCGUGCCUGAAGAAGAUCAUCUCCGUGGGGCAGAAACGAUUGCGCCAGUACGAGGAGACGCUCAGCCCUAUGCGGCCGGCCUAUUCCGGGCCACCCCCUCUCCACUACCGCCCCCCGCCGGCUCCCGCCGGCUCCGCGUUCCCACAGCGCUUCCCAGCGGGGCAAGCGCCGCCCGCUUCCCGCCAGCCAGGCGGAGCGGGUCGUUACGUGCCGCAGUACCACCAGCAGGCGCCGCAGCAGCAGCAGCGGGGCCCGGCGGUGGGGCCGGCACCCUACCGGCCAGCCUACCAGCAGCAGCAGCAGCAGUGGCAACCUGCACAAGCAGGCAGACAGGCUUCCUUUCGGCCGGUCCAGCAAUUACCGGCCGGGUGGGGUCCCGCCCCCCUUGCUCUGGGCCAGCCUGUUCCCCGCGCCUCCUACCCGAACGUUGCGCAGCCUCCCCCUCCUUUGGGGCAGCCUCUGCCCUCGCAGCGACACCCCGCGGUGCGGCCAACCCGCCAGGUUCUGAUGCGCCCACUGGCCCCGCCUCACUUCGGCCAACAUCUGCGACCCGGCGGUGUCCUGCCGUCCGGUUUCAACAUGCAGGGACCGCGGCCACACCUCUUCCAACCAGGCUCAGGGGCACAGAAUCAGACUGCUCCACGGGGCAGAGCGCCUCUUGCUCCGCCCAAGGUUGCCGCCUCUCCCCCGACUCUAACCUCCGGAGGUGCGGAUAAUCAAGCCGGCGGGGGCCCAGGCUUGAGGUGAAGCAAUUACAUUGUUGGCAAGUCGCACUUUUCCGAUACUGAGGAGUCGAGAUGAACAUGACUGGCAAUGAACGUUCCAGUAACUGGUAUGUUGAUGAUGGUGCAGACUCUGCAUGGUUGUACUUCGAUGCAGACCGCACAUAGAAGGGUCAGUUGUGAAUUGUGAGGCAACGCCUCCCGCAACUGGCAACUACAGGAAAAUGCUAUUUUUGCCAAACAACACAACCGUAAUCGUUUCGC